GCUGUCUAUAUUUGAGGUCACCGAGUCUGCCUCUCAGUCUCUCUUUGCGGAGCCUUCGUUUCAUCCAGCCACUCUUUGCCAAAUCACCACACUCCCAUCAUUAGACAACUGCACGGAUCGUUCAUCGGUACUCAUAAUGGCUCUGAUAUCGAACUUCUUCCUGGUUGCCCUCCUCGUGCUCUCCUCCUCAUCUAUGUUAUACGCAUGCGAUCCAAACACCCUAAACACCACGACCGGCGAAUACCCCAUCACAGUCGAAGGCACAACCAUCUUUGACGUCGCAGCAGCCACAGGCCGUGGCGUCUGCGACAUCGCCCGCUUCAACAUGAUGGCCGACGUAGCCAUCCCUCCCAAUAUCGGCCAAGUAAUCGCCAUUCCCCCUCAAACCUGCACACCGGACAACACGACCUGCAUCCUACCCCGCCUCAACCCCACGCGAAACUGCAUAUUCGGCGGACCAAGGCUGUACUACACCGUUAAGGGCGACACCUACGAGCGCAUUGCUUUGUACCGGCUCAACAUCACCUUAGAGUCUUUGAUGCCUGCGGCUGCUCCAGGGGAGGCGUCUACGGACGCCACGGCUCCUUUGCCAGUGGGGCAGUUCGUCAAGGUUCCGCAAUGUUCUCCGUCCCAGUGCGUUAUCCAGCCGGUUACCUUCGAGUAUGGCGUUUACAAGGAUCUGGCGGAGAAGUAUGGAUCGACUGUUGGGCAGAUUAUGAUGCUGAGUCCAACCUAUAAUUAUAGCGAGGCAUUGGUGUUGAACAGGACCAGGCCCUCGAUUGAUGUUGCUAUCAACUGUACCGCUUUGUCGAACAAUCUCACGGUUCUGGCCUAAGGACCGGGAUUGGAAGGGGUGAAGGUGGCAUCCGUGUCUUGUAUCAGGCUUUCGAUAACGUCGGACGAGACGCGAUGUGUGCAUGGAGGAACGGUACCACUCCCUAUCUCGCGGGGUUGAGUUUCGACCUAACAUAUAGGUGUUUUCCAGUAAAUAUGAAACCUGUAAUUACAUAAGCG